GCCCCUUUUCUUCUCCGGUAGUGAAGAACGUUAAACCGCUUGUUUUUCAGAGACAUGGCAGUUACAGCGGAUCACAUUCGUGAAAAAUUGAUCACCGAAAUCGGUGCUGUACACGUGGACGUAGAGGACACAUCUCCAAACAGAUGUGCUGCAAGUUUUAAGGUCCUUGUUGUUUCUCCUCAAUUUGAAGGAAAGCCCCUGUUGCAAAGGCACCGGCUUGUGAAUAGCUGCCUGGCUAACGAGCUGAAAGAGAUCCAUGCCUUCGAGCAGAAGACCUUGACACCAGAGCAGUGGGAAAAGCAGAAACAUCAGUGACGCGCACGCACACACACAUAGUAUUCACAAUGUGAUAUAUGCCCUUUUAUGUUUUAUUAAUCCAGCAUUUAUUUUUAUUUUCAUUAUACAGCCUUAUACAGACAGUUUAGGUUACUUGGAAAAACACUCCUUCAAUGUAGUUAAAUGGAAAUAUGAUAUUAAUGACAAUAAAGAAAUGUUUCAUUCCCUUA